AGGCAGCCACCAAAGAUCUGUGCAUUAGUCACAGCUGCUGUGCCGCACCAAACCUCAACCAUGGCCGCCAAGUACACCGCCCUCGCUUUGGCCCUUGCUGCCUGCUUCAUCAUGGCGGCUGCCAAGAAGUCUGCCUGCGACGACAGGGCCAUGGACAACCUCGAAAAGCAGAUCGAGAUCUGCGCUAGGAACGUUCCGGCCCAGAUGUACUCCGACCCGACCUGGCAGUGCGCGCGGGAGGUGUCCGGGAAGUUGAACAGGAAGGGCGCCAACUGCAACAUCAACGACGCUCCCACUUACCUGGAGAACUGCUUGUACGGCUACGCCGGCGAUGACGACGUCGCGCCUGCCGUGGAUUGCCUAACCAAUGCGCUCAGCGCCAAAAUUUGCUGUUAAAAGGUUAUAGUUGUCAACCCAAUGUGAAUAAAAAGACGUGAAGUAUUCUUCACAUUCGGUGCAAGAAAGAAUCAGGUUUAAUCUU